UAAACCAGAAGCUACCAUUGGCUUUUUUAGUCACAUUGUCAGAAAUGGCUUCUGAGAACAUAAGACUUCCAAAACAUGACCAAGAAAUAUUAAAUCAAAUCUUAAACCCAAGUUUACCAUUUGUUGAAGAAGAUGAUAAUGAAAACAAGAAAUUAGAAGAAGGAGUAGAAAGUGAAGAAGUGAAAGCAGCCAAACUUUUGGAAGUAGCUGGUGUGAAAUCUGCUGAAACAGGCAACAUAGACGUUGCUAUUGAGUUUUUUACAGAAGCUAUGACUGUUGCUCCAUUGUGGCCUUCACCCUACAACAACAGAGCCCAGGCACUGAGACUGAAAGGUGAUAUUGAAGGUGCCAAGACAGAUUUAAACAAAGCCUUAGAGUUAAGUAAUGGUGAAGGAAGUGUUGCAUGUCAAGCAUUUACUCAGCGAGGUCUUAUUAGAAAGAAAGAAGGGGAUGAAGAGGGAGCUAAAGCAGACUUCACAAGAGCGUCUGAGCUUGGCAGUAGGUUCUGUAAACAGGUCUUAGCAUCCAUGAACCCUUACGCUGCAUUGUGUAACCAGAUGUUGAGUGAUGUCAUGCACAAAAUGAGAAGUGGAGAAGCUUAGAUUAGUGAUGCUCAACUCAAAAGUCAUUAAUAAGUGUCUAAUUAUAGGCAUAUUUAUUUUUACAUUGUAUUAGAAUUGUGUGUCCAUUUUAUUUGGUUGAGAUAUGAAGGUGUUCAAUUAUUGUAAAGACUCCUUUAUACAUUCCAGCUAAUGGUACUUUGGUAAGGUGUUUGCUGUUUUUUUGGUAUUGGCUAAAAAUUGUACAAAUACCCUAGUUUUGCAUUUAUAAUGCAUAUGUUUAUUUGUUAUACCUUAUCGUGCAACUCUAGAUCUGACAUUAUUUAAUAUUCAAGGGACCCAACAGUUUUAUUGUUAUUGUUGACUUAAACACACAUCCCAGUGAGUCCACAUAUCAUUUGAAUGCCAUUCAAGUCUACAAGAUUGAUAUUCAUGUUAUAGUAGAAAUAAGUUCUAAAUCAUUUCCAGUAAACUUUUUGGGAAAAUCCUCAUUCGCCAACUUCUGUUCCUACCAACUUUAUAAGACUGAUUGAGGAGCAAAUAAGAAAAUGUUUCAGACAGCAGCAUAGUAUUUAGAUUUGUAAAAAAUAAUACAAGAUGCUCAAAUGUAUUAAAAAGAAUUUGUUGAGUUCCUAGAGUGGGACUCUAAGAGCACUUUUGUCCUAAUGGUCGAUUAUACCACCAGGAACUGCACAUCCCAUCAUGAUAUGAAAUCGAAAGGCCGAUACAUCCAGAUGGCACUGCGUAGUAGUGGCAUGCAGUUAGUACUUCACAUGUAAUGUACAAGAGAAACUGGUUUGAAAUUAUGUUUUGUCUGCUUAUAAGUAGUAUUAAGUGUGAUGCAUAAUUGUAAGACAAAGAUCCUCAAGGAUAAUACAAAAUUAUUAUUAUUAUUUAAGUUUUGUUAGAUGUCUAUUAAAUCUUUAGAAAUGUUUCUGUUUGUGUCUCCUAAUGAUGUGACGAACACAUGCAUUUCUUUGUUACAUUUAAUAAUAAAGAUUGCAUUGGACAAGCUCA